AUGGGGUGUAAGGUACAAGAUCGCUACAGGUAUAGCUUCUGCUUACUCUAUCUGCAUGAAGAGUGUGGACAUUGUGUGGUGUAUCGAGAUGUCAAAACGAGCAACAUCAUGCUUGAUUUGGAAUUUAAUGUGAAGCUUGGAGACUUCAGAUUGGCUCGACUCAAGGACCCUGAACAUGGUAUAAAAACAACUGCUUUAGCUGGAACUCUCGGUUACAUGUUCCCUGAGUACUUAACAACAGGGAAGGCAAGUAAAGAGUCGGAUAUCUAUAGCUUUGGGGUGGUUGCAUUAAAGAUCGUUUGUGGGAAAAAGGAAAUUGAUAGAGUUGAUCCAUAUUCGGAUCUUGGGUUGGUUAAGUGGGUUUGGGGUUUACAUGAAAAAGGUAAGCUACUUUAUGGUGUCGACCAGAUCCUGAACAAUGAAUUUGAUGCUCCACGGGUCGAGUGUUUGAUGAAGGUGGGGUUAUGA